UUUUGCUGGGCAUUUCACCAGAGCUUCUCAGUGCUCGGUAGAUGCAUGUCAAGUUAGUUAAGGCGGCGGCUCUCUCAGUAGCAGCUGUGAAUGAUCUGAAUCUUGCUGACAGCUGAGACUCAGUCAUACAACACAAUGGCAGGUCCACCGAUUUCUAAUAUAUAUAUCAUCAAUGAUGAUGGCAGAUAUGACCCCAGUGCCUUGAGGAAUCUGUCAAGCAUUCUGAAUGUUAACAUGGGCUACCUACAGAACUGUAGCAUCCGAGUAUCCAGCCAUGGACAGAACCAAGGUCAAGCUCAAGGUGCCUUCGUCGACAUCCACCAGCAGCAGGAAGAACGUCGCCAGCAGAGGAGGGCAGAGAAGGAGAGAAAGAAGAGAGAAGCAGAAGCGAAGAGGCAAAAGAUGGAGGUUUUGAAGAAAAAAUUCCCGUUUCUUGAAAAUAAAGCCCUAGAACAAUGGAGGACUGUGUUUUGUAAAAGCCAUAAAUCAGAGGAGAGUGUAUUCAAGAAGACAAAAGCAUAUACAGCAAUAAGGAAAGUUCUUGACUUUCACCAUCUAGUCGUCAUUCUGGGAUACCCUGGUGAGGGGAAGACAACAUGCGCUAAAUAUUUAGCCGAAGAUUACAACAGCCACAUGAGCAGCUCAGGGCCCAGGUAUGAAGUUUUAUACAUCAAAUCCCCAGCUGAGUUCAAAGAGAAAGUAGACCCAACAUCAUUUCAGAUUAUUAUUGUAGAUGAUAUUUUUGGAACCCACACCGCCAAUCUGUCCAAAAUAGAGUUAUGGGUGGACUACCUAGACAUGAUGCAGUUUUCCGUGAGGGCCGGUACGUCAAAGCUGAGGCUGGUCAUAACAUGUGGGCGUCAUCUCUAUGAAAAGGUCCAGCAGUAUCUUCAUGGGCGGAAGGUGUUUCAAGACUGUCACAUGGUUGAUAUAUCAGCCGAUGGACUAGGUCUUCAGCCAGAAGAGCGGGCGGACAUUCUUCGUAGUAAUGCUGGCUAUUUAUCCUACGGUGAUUCUGCUGGCAUGAUGGCAUACAGUUCAUAUUCAGGUUACCCCCUUUGCUGUAGAUUGUAUAGCAUCAGCAAAACAUUUCGGAAUUUAGGAAGGGUGUUCUUCAAUGAUCCCUCUAAAUAUAUUCCUCAAGAAAUUGAGAAGGUUGACAGCUACGACAAGACUGUGUUUGGCGUGCUGGUGUGUGCAGCCUUGAAUGGCGGCAUGAUAAAUCUGAAAGGGAAACAGAUGUCGGAACUGGACCAAGAAAUGUUGGAAAAUCUUAAGAAGAUUCUGAGGACACUGAAGGCCCCUGUGGAUGACCUUGAACUCUGGAUCCUACAAGAGGCUGCUCGGGUUUUGUCCGGAGUGUUCCUGUUACCGAUACAGACUGAUAGCUAUCGUAUGAUUCAUCACCGUAUAACAGAACAUGUACUCAGACAGUUUUCCCAUGGUAAUGCUCAAAUGGUUAUAGAGAUGGCCAGUCCUGACGUCUUCAUGGAAUUUGUCCGAAGUGGACUGUAUGCUGAGGGCAUGCAUGAGUGUACAUUCAAUGUCUACACUCUCAAGUUUGACAUCCUAGCUCGUAGGUUAGUGUUUGACAUCUUACAAGGAAAAAUCCGGACUGCAAGCAUGCAUCAAACUUUCACAGAUGAGAAAUUUGUAAACCAUUUCUUUGAGUAUCUUGAUCGUCUUGGCAACCUGGAAGCAGUAUAUCGAGCCAGAGAUGAAAAUGGACUCUCCUUCCUGUUCUGGACUGCAUGGUAUGGUAGAGACUUGGUGGUUAAAGGAUUUGUUGAAAAGGAAUCUUUGUCUCGCAUGGCUGACGAUGGUUUGGGUUCUGCGGAACAAUGGAUCCUUGCUUUGCUGGCUUGCUGUUAUAGAGGCGGUGUGACGGAGAUCGUAUCAAUGCGAUAUCGACCUAAAGAUGAACCUGAGCCUGCCAAACCAACAGUUGGAUUGUCUGCACUUCUGAAUGCUAUGGCACCAGUCAGUUCUACUGCAUCAGUACAAGAUGCUGAUAAGAUCCUAAAUUUUGAAUUCAGCCUCCUUCUUGAAAACAAAGCCCAGCCUAUACAUUUUGCUGCUCUGGGCAACAAUGGUCCUGCAAUGAAACUAAUUCUCGAGAAAGGAGCAGAAGUGAAUGCCAUGACUGAACUGGGAGAAACGGCUCUCCAUCUUGCUGUCUGCAAGAAUGAGAUAGAGGUAGUGAAGCAUCUGUUAGAACAUGGCGCUGAUGUAAAUGCAAAAACAAAAUUGGGCAAAACUCCAAUCCAUGAUGCUGUCUACUACAAGAAGACAGAUGCAGCCAAACUGCUUUUAGAGAAAGGAGCAGACGUAAAUAUUCCUGCAGAUGAUGAAAGACCUCUGUUGCAAGUUGCAGUUGCCAACACAGACAUAGAAAUGGUGAAGAUGCUGAUUGAGAAAGGAGCAGAUGUGAACAGGAAAGGACGAGAUGGUUGGACACCGCUGCAUGAAGCAUUCUACCUCGGGGAUACACAGUCUGCUGAAUAUCUGUUAGACAAAGGUGCCCAAGCCCACGUCUACACAAUGAGUGGAGUUGCUCCUCUUCACGAGGCCGUCAGCAACUGUGACCGCGACCUUAUUGACCUUUUGUUGGAGACUGGCAUAAGUGUUAACAAGAGUUCCAGUACUGGCGAAACUCCAUUACACAUAGCUGCAAAGAAUGGUAACCUUGACCUUGUAAAGAAACUGUUGGACAUGGGGGCGGAUAUGAAUGCGCGGGACAGUAAUGGGAUGCUUCCUCUCAACCUCUCAGCAAUUUCAUCCCAUGGUGACGUUAUGCAUUACUUGAUGGAAAGAUCUGGGAUGAGUAUUCCAAGAAUCUCACCAGCACAGGAAAGAGAACGACAGCCUUAUGGAUAUGGUCGCUAUGGGUAUGAUGAUUAUGAUGAUGAUGAUGAUGAUUAUGGUCCUCUGUCUCAUCUGCCGCGGCACAUGAGGCGGCAUUAUAGAUUAAGGCAGGACUAUCCCUAAACCAUGGUGUCAGAAACCCCAGAGGUAUUCAGACCAGCUUACAGGGAGCCGAGCGGAGCCUAGGAGUAUGAAGACUCCAGAUUGAGCCAGGAGGAGUACCUAUCAACAUUGAUAAGAGACUGUCAAACAGGGCCUAUACCAAUAUACAGAUUUUCGUCACUAUGGCAAAUACAUACUGAAGUGUUCUGAAUUAUUCUAGUUUUUUAUGUCAGUCAUAAAUUAUCUGUAACUAGCACUUUUAAAAUAUGAACCCAUACAAAAGUUAGCUGGGUUUUUUUUCAGAAUUUGAUAAACACAUAACAAGCCCUGUUGAGUUAAGUGGACAGCUAAUUCAUGCACCAUGUUGGUAAUAUUUGUGGAAUAUGUGGUGUAGCAUAGCAUUUACCUUGGAAACAAAGUAUGGGCUGUGGUGGUAUCUCAGCAAGGAAUAACCAGCUGUUUCAAGAUUCACAUUAUUAUUCCCUGGUUUGUGUUAACAUUCACACUAUUAUUUCCUGUUUUGCACUAACAGAAUGUACUCUUGCUUCUGGAAUUAUAAGAUGGUUUAGUGAAGAGAGAAAAAUAUUUGUUCACUCUAAGACCUUGAAAUACAACACUGAAAAGUAAUUUUUCAACUAAAAUAGAUUUCCUUAAAAAUAAUGUUUUUGAGAUGUGUUAAUGAUGUUGCGGUUUGUUUCCCGUUCUGCUGGAAUAUACUUUUAAGGAUCUAUACCACAUUGAUUGAUAUGGAACCGACCUUGAAGUAUUCAAAUGCCAAAGUGUAGUGCAAACAGUUAGAGGGGUGCUGAGAACAAGCUAAGGGUGUCCAAUUUAAGAAUCAGUUGUUCAGGAAGAUAGGGUGUCAUGACUGGAGACAUGAUGAAGAAAUCUGACAGUUUGGACAACAUCUGUACUUGUCUCUGAAGGGAGACAAGACUAUAAAUACACUGGUGUCAUAGACUUGAAGAAGGAUUACAUGAAAUGAUUACUGAAAGUAGAUGUGAUAUCAUUACGUGAAAGUGGAGGAGCAGUGAAAUGAUUACUGAAAGCAGAUGUGAUAUCAUUACGUCAAAGUGAAAUGAUUACUGAAAGUAGAUGUGAUAUCAUUACGUCAAAGUGAAAUGAUUACUGAAAGUAGAUGUGAUAUCAUUAUGUGAAAGUGGAGCAGUGAAAUGAUUACUGAAAGUAGAUGUGAUAUUAUGUGAAAGUGAAAUGAUUACUGAAAGUAGAUGUGAAAUUACAUGAAAGUGAAAUGAUUACUGAAAGUAGAUGUGAAAUUACAUGAAAGUGAAAUGAUUACUGAAAGUAGAUGUGAUGUUACGUCAAAGUGGAGAAGCAUGUUGUUGUAAGACACAAAGAAGAUAUGUGUGUAAUGCAAAAUUAAGCAGUUAUACUAUUACUUACACAAAAUAAACUGUUAUGUCAGUACUGACUAACAUGUAUAUAAUUAUUCAAGAAGUUAUAUCAUUAAUAAUCAAGAAAUGAUGUGACUCCAGACAUUGAAAGAUGUACUCUUUAAACACAUGAAGGAGUAAAGUUCAGAAAGCUGAACAUAGGAUUCUCCAUUUGAUGAAAUAUUGGUACAUUCAGGAUGAGGUCAGGUCCUCCUCUGUGUCACUGAGCAGUUCAACAAGGUGUCAUGAACAAUUGACAUGAAAAUGACACCCAACUUUCUGCUUCAACAAAUUGAUUUUUUAAUUGCUCUAAGUGAGCAUAGAUUGUAUUGUACUGUAGUAUUGUUAUGUCCACACCAUAUUUGGACAUCCAGGUAGCUUUCUUAAGCCAAAGAGGCUGACCCUGCUCUUGCUUUUUGUUGUCAUCUUUGAGCCAUUGUGUUUUUACUGAAGAAAAUGUAAUUAUUUGGCUUUUUUCAUUGUGUAUUUACAUUGCAUACAUUGUACAUACUUGGUAUACGACUGACUGACUGAGUUUGGUUUUACGCCGCUUUUAGCAAUAUUCCAGCAACAUCACGGCAGGGGGACACCAGAAAUGGGCUUCACACAUUGUACCCAUGUGGGGAUUCGAACCCAGGUCUUCGGCUUGACGAGCCAACGCUUUAACCACUAGGCUACCCCACCGCCCCACUUGGUAUACGAAUGCACGUGACUUUGAAACCUAUUAUAAGACAUUUUAAAUGUUCCAUAUAUUGAAAUGAGCCAGUGAGGUGAACUUGGUUUAAUGUCACAUUCAAGAUGAUUGCACUUAAAUAGUGAUAUGCUCUAGAGCUGGGACGGAUAACCAAGAUACCCAGAACAGGUGGGUAAUGAGUUGGACCCGGGUACCCGUCUCAAUACCCGGACCCAUUAUGACCAUGUGACUAAUAGAUUAAACAAUGUAAUAUGUUAUUGUCAUGACUAAAAGGUUGUAUUGUCUUUGAAGAUCUAGACAUAAUUGUGUAGUCACCUGUUUUGAAUAUAAUACAUGGUUAAGAUAUUGAAAAACUCGAAAAUUUAACCUCCAAGCUGAAGAAUGUAUUGCCAUUUCUUACAAAUUUGAUGUCAGGAAUUAAUACAACGGGUAUCAGGGUAGGGUAGGGUAAUAGGGGGUGGGAUACCCGGGUAGAAAGUUUGGACCCGUCCCAGCCCAAAUAUGCUGGAGUGUGUGUGUGGCUACUUGUUCUGGUGGUGUUUUAUAGUGCUAGCUCAUGAAUCACCAUGCCAUGGUUCACCAUGGAGACCAUGUGUACAAUCUCCUGAGUUGACCAGUCCUUGUAUGCUUUGUUGUCAAGCACCAGGCUGGGUAACAACAAAUACCAUCUUGCAAGUGUCCCGUUUGAGUUUAGAGUUCAUCUUAACUGAUAUAAAUGUGUACAUGACACUUUCACCAACACUCAUAUAUGCAUUCCUGGCACCUGUAGCUUUCCAGUCCACUAAAAUAGAUUUCAGUGGUAUUCUGUGAAUAUUUGCAUUAAUAAAAUUAACAAGAACAUCA